CAGUGUACCAAGUAAGUGACCGCACCUGGACCAGCCAAGUAACUUUCCUUACAGCGUUACUGACUUUGCAGCAGAUACCAUGUCAUCUUCAGCUGGAUCAAGCAGUCCCAUACCGUCUGGAGGGAGUGUGUGUACAUCACUUCCAGAACUCUUGAUGUUAGGUGAAUUUGUUUUUGGUGGCCUAGUUUGGAUCCUUGUGGCUUCAGCUCGAGUUUCACUCCCUGGUGAUCAAGGCUGGGUGAUGUUUGUUUCGGUCUUCUGUUUUGUUAUAACCACGCUGCUGCUCAUCCUGUACACAGCUGGAGUUCAGAACCGUUCCUCUGCGUGGACUGUGGUGGAUGUUUUCUACCACUUCAUUGCAGCAGUGUUCUAUUUAAGUAUUGCUGUUUUGGAGGCCAGUGACACAAGGUUUACUCUAAUCGCGAUGAAUCCAAAGAAUUACAGAAUCAAUAUUGCUGCCACAGUUUUUGCAUUUGCGGCUACCUUACUGUAUACGACGCAUGCCAUUUGGUCGAUAGUGAGAUGGAAGAAAUCCUCAUGAACGAGAAGACAAGCAGCACAUACCCCCAGAAGAUUUUACCGUCUUCCCAAACCUGUUGAUUUGUCCUUCCUUAAUAUUGUUUUAUAUCCAUCUUUAAUGCCACUGUGAUUACAGUGUUUAUGUAUAACCAUGAAAGUACACAUACAAUUGAUGCGUUGCCGAAAGUCCCUGAUAUGUUCAGUUUGAGUGACAUAUCCUUUUGAUAUCUUGUUCCAUGUUAAUAAUACAUAUCUCAAUAAAGCAGAGGUACGAAUCAAGCCUUUCUGCAUGGAGAUUUUAAAACGAUGUUCUAUGUUUUGUUUUCUAUCCCUCCUAAGUGUGUGCAUGAAAAUCCUCAACAGUGCACAUGGAAGAAAAUGCAACAAUUUACCCUACAGCCUCAUAUUUUGGGAAUGUUACAAUACAUAUGGGAUAAGGUACCAGACCAGCAGGCGAACGCUGAAACAAUUAAAAUGCUGAAAAUGAAAAAAAAAUCUUGCAUCAGUAAUGGCUGGGCAUGGUUAGAUUAACCAGAAAGCACCAUGACAUUCAGUAGGCCAGGCAACAUCAUGGACAGAGAAACAGUAACUAUUUUGGGUCAUCAGAACAGGCUGAAUCCUGUGUGGUUCACUAGUAUCCUUCAUAGAAGUGGGCUCACUACCUUUACCUGGUCAGGCAUAACUGUAACUGCAGCCUAUGGAGACAUACCUCUGAAACGUUCUAACUGCCUUGAAGUGUUGAAGGCAACUAGGAAUAGGCGACAAAUGCUGACCUUACCAUCAAUGUCUGUAUCCUAUGAAAACACGUUUUAAAGAAGCAUGAUACAAUUCAUUUCUAAUGCUUGGACAUAGCACUACAUUGAACUGAACUGAACUACGCUGAACAUUCCUAGACUAUUUCGAUGACUUUGUGUUUCGCCGUUUUAUAUUCUGUGUUUUUCGCUCGUCUUUUGCCAUUUGAAUGACUUGUUGCUUUUUUUAAAAUGUUUUCUUUGAAAGGGUUCUGAGGUGUUCCUUUGUUUCGUUGCUGUCUGUGGGAAGACGAACCUCAAGGUUGUAUUCUGCAUAUGUGCUUCGAUAAUAAAUGUCCUUUGAAUCUUUGAACAUGAAUGUUGUUGCUGGAAGAAUUUAGGUCAGGACGGAUUGCACUCUCUUAAAAGUUCGACUUGUCAGAUUUUCCACCCUUUGAUCUUAUUUGGAUGGUGAGCCAGGGUUCACCCUUGAGUACAGACCUAUCUUCCUUAUUACCUUGCCUACACAGAGGAAUCUGUCAUCCAGGGGUAAAGGGGGAGGAACCUCAAAUGAAUGAUAUCUGAGGCCCAACACAAGACUGAAGGACAACUCCUCGUCUUUAACUUAGAAUAAUUCAAACAAUAAGCAUAUUUUCCAGUUUUUGAUAAUGCACUAUUUUUCUCUGUCCUUGGCUUUCUCCAUGGCCAAGGUGAAACCAAACGCAAGCUUGAACAUCACCUUAUAGUCCACAUUGAUACCCCACAUCCAGUUUUUGGUAGCCCAUGUCUCCUUUGUUCCCUUCUUACUCCUAGUGGUCCAUCUGGAUUCUCCCUUCCCCCACCCAAACCCCUGAUCUAGGUUCAGUUCCAUCUGGUUCCAUCUGCCCUUCACCCAUUCCCAUCACCUCCUUCCUGUAUACUCUCAGUUCCGAUGCAGGGUCUCGACAGAUUCUGCCUGACCCACUGUUUACGAUGGUGCUGGUGAAUUCCAGCGACUUCUGGCAGGUGGCUAAUGAAACAAGGAAAGCAACUAAAUACUUUGUUAAUCACUUUUUAUGCCAAAUGAUAAUCCCAAGCAAUAGUCUGUGACUUCUCUUUGGAUUUAGAGGUAGAACUGAGGCGAGGUGAGACAGCCGGCCUGUCACCGAGAGCGAGGAAGUUCCAAGGUUCGAUCAAUGCAAGCACCAGGCUGAAUUGGAGAGGCCAGGUGAAAAUCGAAUCGAGGCGAUGGGGUCCAUCGAAGCGACUCAACCUGAUGUCAAGAUGGAUCGGACAGUCGGGUACAAUCCGAUUUGAGGCACUCAGGUUCGUGCCUCAGAGUGCAUCGAAGCGACUCAACCUGAUGUCAAGAUGGAUCGGACAGUCGGGUACAAUCCGAUUCGAGGCACUCAGGUUCGUGCCUCAGAGUGCAUCGAAGAGACCGAACCUGAUGCUUGGACGAUGACUUAAGCGCUGGGCCAAAUUGGAAUGGUCGGGUGCAGGCCAAAUCGAAGCGGCGGGGUCCAGGCCCAAGACUGUAUCAAAACGACAGAAUCUGAUGUCCGGACCAGGUCUUAGACGCCAGGCUGGGUUGAAAAAGUCAGGGUGUCGGGUCUUGACGCAAGGGUUGGGCUCUGUGCUGAACUAAGUUUCUGGGGAUGGACUCUCUUCGUGGACUUCAGUUCUGUUUGCUUGUGUUUAUUGUUUGCACGACUUGCUUUGUCCUCUCUGCAUGCUGGGUGUUUGAUAGUCUUUUUUUUAAUGGGUUCUAUUGGGUUUCUUCGUUUUGCGAAUCUCAAGGCUGUAUAACGUAUACACACUUCAUUAAUAUAUGUACUUCGAACUUUUGAACUUUGAAAUCCAAGGU